GAGUCAGACAGAAUGGCAUGGUCCAGGCUGAUGCUGGCAGCUUGCCUCCUCGCGAUGCCCUCUCAUGCCGCAGCGGACUGCCCGUCCCUGUGCUCCCUGUGUGCCAUGAGGACUCAGGAUGGGCCCUAUCCCAUCAACCCCCUGAUUUGCUCCCUGGAGUGCCAGAACGUGGUGCCACCCUCGGAGGAGUGGGAGAGAUGCCAGGGUUUUGUAUCCGUUCUUGCUCCCUCUGCCUCCGAGCUCCGUGGGAACGAUGACUUGAAGAACGAGGCUACUUUGGAAGAAGGCUACAGCGCCCUAACCAAGCUCUUGGAGCCCCUCCUGAAGGAGCUGGAGAAAAGCCGAUUCCUUACCAGCAUCUCGGAGGGAAACUUCAGGGGUCUCUCUGGCAGGUUUGGCACCGGAAAAGAGUCUGAGCUGAUAGGUCCUGACGGUAUGAAUGAUGGCGCCGCACAGGCUGGCACUCUCCAUUUCAACGAGGAGGACUUGGGAACACAGGCCAAACGUUAUGGAGGCUUUUUGCGCAAAUACCCCAAGAGGAGCUCAGAGGUGGCCGAGGAUGAGGAUGGGGGCCAGGAUGGGGAGAGGGAAGGGCACGAGGACCUGUACAAGCGCUAUGGGGGUUUCCUGCGGCGCAUUCGUCCCAAGCUGAAGUGGGACAACCAGAAGCGCUAUGGCGGCUUCCUGCGGCGUCAGUUCAAGGUGGUGACUCGGUCCCAGGAGAACCCCAAUACCUAUUCUGAAGACUUAGAUGUUUGAUUCUUAACCCUUCCUCACCGUGGAGCUGGGUCAGUUCCCUCCCCUCCACCUCUUCC